AUGCGGUACUCCAGCCUCUACAUGGCGAGACACAAUUCUCUGGUCGCGAGAAUCAAAAAGGCGGCUGCCGUUAAGAAGGGGACCACGACGCUAAUCAUCGACGCGACCGUCCCCUUCGAUAACAGGUUGGAGGCUUUCAAGGUAGCAGCCGCCGAGAAAGUAACGAAGUACGAAGAGCUGCGGAGAGAGCUAGCAGAGAGCUCCGUUGGAGACGUCACCGUCGUCCCUUUAAUCGUCGGUGCUCUGGGCUCCUGGGACCCUGGAAACGAUGACCUAGUGAAGAGGAUAUGCAGCCGUUCAUAUAGGAGCCUCCUCAGGAAGCUUUGCGUGAGUGAAGUCGUCUCUUUCACCAGGGACAUCUACACAGAACACAUUAGUGGGGUCCGUGCCAGACAUGGAUAG